GUCUACUUUUUCUAGGCAUUUGCCUUGGACUGGCGCUAGAAUCCAUCAGUGGAUAUAUGGAUAUAUCUUCGCAAACUGCUCUUCAGAUCCGUAGGAAUAUGAAUAGAUCUGCAAACCCCUGUACGGAUUUUUGGAACUACGCUUGUGGUGGUUUUGGAAAUACCUCCAAGUACGUGGACAACUUCGAGUGGGUCGAGGACCUGUAUGCCACUUCCAUGAGAGGGUUCUUUGAGAGCCAUAUAGAAGAUACCCAAUCACCGCGACUUCUGAAACAAAUGCAAACGUAUUACGAGGCCUGUACUACGGAUUUACUUCAUUGGACCUGGGAUGACAUCCCCGAAUCUUUUAGAGAUUGGUCUCCCACCCUUGACAGUUCUCGUGGCUAUGGUCUUAAUGGAGUGUUCUUUGAUGAGCGCGUGGAUGUGGCCACCAAUGAUUCCUUGCAGUUGGUUGUUCAGAUUCAGAUGCCUCAGCUUAGUACCAGAUACAGUGUGCAACGGGCACUGAGGAUUAUUCAAAAAUAUCCCUGGGAGCAUAAGGAUCAGAUGAUACAACUGGCAGGAGGCAUAAGAAGGCUAGAGGACAAGUAUCGUUUGCUGGAACCCAUUGUGCAAACAUGGAGAGUUGAGGAACUCAGCCAGCAAAUACCCCAAAUUCCCUGGACUGCGAUCAUAAGAGAUAUUAUGGGAGUAGAUCCUGGCCAGCUGGAAAACUUGCUCUUCGAGGUAAGCGAUGUGAACUAUUUGCGAGAGAUGGGUCAACUCCUGGCCAACACCGAUCCUGGGACACUGAAUCAGUACCUGAAAGUCCGUCAAAUGGUUUUGUUGAAGGAGACGGAACCACUUAGCAAAAACCCCAAGUCCUGUAUACACCAUAUGAGGGCUCUGUUGCCGCUGGGAAUGGAGUAUAUUUACGAUAAAUUUUUGUAUAAAAACCGCAAGCAGGACACUCUCAAGCUGGAGGAGAUUCUGCGGAGUUUAAAAGCCACUUUUGGGAAAUACUUAGACGCCAAUAGGUUGGGAGUUACUUCGGAUCAGAUGGCCUACUUGAGGGCUAAGCUGUAUGGAAUGAAAAUAAAAAUAGGGAACCUGCCGGAGGAUGAGUCCCCCGAGUUUUAUGACAAUCCCUACCAGAGUGCUAAUUUUACGGAGUCUUCCUUUCUGAAGAAUCUCAUUGAGGCCUUGGCCUUAAGAACCCGUCUUCAGCACGAGGGACUUCUGCAGCCAGGAUCUAGAUUGGAUCUGAGAAGGUACUAUGUCAACGACGAUGUAGUCAAGGCACGAACUUCUCCCUUCUAUGAAAACGAGAGAAACACCAUCACAGUGCCCAUGUUGUUUCUCCAGUGGCCACUUUUCGAUCAUCGCCAGCAUGCCAUUUUCCACGGAAGCCUCCUUGAAGCAGUGCUGGCCCACGAGAUGAGUCAUGGCUUCGAGCAGGAGGGCAUACUCUUCGAUGCGGACGGAAAUGAGUCCCCGAUCGGAUUGGAAAUACGGGAAUCCCCGGGCUUCCAAAACGCCAUCAAGUGCGUCCAGCAGCAACCCUUCGUGUCACUCAAGGAACGCCUAGCGGAUCUUAAUGGCCUACAACUGGCCUAUGAUGCCUUCUUUGAUUUGAACCAUGAUUCCCGAAAAUUCGAAUAUCGUCCAUAUGCCUUUGAGGCGGAAUUCUCGGCGCCCCAACUGUUCUUCCUGAGCUACGCCCAGUUCUUUUGCGGUCUUCUGCCUCCGGUUAUUGCCCACGACCGGGAUGAUGAGCGUGUGAACGUGAGCGUUGGAAAUUUGCGUCAAUUCGCCUACGACUUCAAGUGCGAGCCAUCAACCGUACAAUCGCAUCCCAUCUGUGAGAUGUGGCGUCCGCCGCCGCGGGAGGAGUACAGGUCAGGUUGAUAUUUCAAUUGUUUGGAUGGCCAACACGAUAAUAAAAAGUAACACAAAAUAUAGGUUUAUCGACUUGUAAAUGAUGUUUAUUUUGACUUUGUUAUAAAAUAAAUAAAAAGAUUUCUU